AUGGCAUCUAGUUUAGCGCUUGCUAGUCGGAAGUACCUAGCUAGGGUCUGCUCAGUCCAUUCGUUUCGGCGUAACAUUUGCACAACAUCGCCAUGUUAUUACUACAUUGAGGGUGCUCAUGAACCUUUUGCCCCAAUUCCCGAUCGUUUUCCCCGGUGGGCAACUUCUGGCGAGGACGCUUUCAGCCACUUGAAAGAUGGAGCUAAAGUUUUUGUUCAUGGAGGUGCCGCCACUCCUUCUCUUCUCGUCAAAGAACUUCAUCAAUACGUCAUGAGUAGAGGGAUUAAAGAUGUUCAAUUGCUCCAUAUUCAUACCGAAGGUCCAUUCCCGUUUAACGACCCGGAAUGUGUUGGUCAUUUUCGAACUAAUUCUCUUUUUACCGGUAGCAACUGCCGUCAGGCAAUUAAUGAGGGUCGGGCUGAUUUCACGCCGAUAUUUCUCAGUGAAAUUCCUCUUCUCUUUCGUCGCAAACACGUGGAAUUAGAUCUUGCUAUUGUUAGCAUUACGCCUCCAGAUCGACACGGAUUUUGCUCCCUUGGACCCAGUGUAGACGUAACCCGAUCUGCCAUUCAGAAUGCCAAAUUCAUUGUCGGCCAAGUUAAUCCCCAUAUGCCACUAACUCGUGGUGAUGCUAGCAUUCAUGUGAGCAAUAUCGGUGUUCUUAUGCAUGGACCACAACCUCUGCAUGAGACGAAGGCACGAAAAAUCACUGAUGUUGAACAGCAAAUUGGAAAGUAUAUUGCUGAAGAGCUAGUUCCUGACGGCGCUACAAUGCAGAUGGGCAUUGGAUCAAUUCCGGAUGCGGUUUUGUCUCAACUAACUAAUCACCAACACCUCGGUGUACAUACGGAGAUGUUCUCCGACCGACUUGUUGACUUAGUGAAACUCGGUGUGAUCACGAAUUCCAUGAAGAAGAUGCGCCCUGGAAAGAUUGUCACCAGCUUUGUUAUCGGUACUAAGAAGUGUUUUGAUUUCCUCGACAACAAUCCUUUUGUGGAUAUGUGCGAUAUUGCCUGGGUCAACUCACCUGUCAUUAUCGCUCAAAAUCCCCGCCCAAUGGCGAUUAACUCGUGCAUUGAGGUCGACCUCACCGGCCAGGUGGUGUCUGAUUCUAUUGGAUCGCGAAUUUAUUCUGGCGUCGGUGGUCAGGUGGACUUUAUUCGAGGUGCGGCGAUAUCGACUGAUGGGGAGGGUAAACCCAUCAUCGCAUUGCCAUCGGUUACCGCGAAAGGGGAGUCGAAAUUUGUACCCUACUUGAAGGAGGGCGGCGGAAUCGUCACAACUCGCGCACAUGUUCACUACAUCGUGACGGAGUACGGAAUUGCCUACCUGUUCGGACGCAAUCUACGUCAGAGGGCCCACGCACUAAUUAAAAUAGCACAUCCUGACCAUCGGGAGUCUUUAGAAAAGGCGGCUUUCGAACGACUCAAGGUAAUGCCUUCACCCGAUUAA